GCUUCGUGGCAUCGAAUGUCAAUUCAUUUUCCAACCCGUAACCCAUUCAUCCUAUGGAUUCCACCCAGAGUAUUUCGCGGAUGAAAUGGGGGAAUAUGCGACAGUGAGUGUGUUUUUAAUCCGCGAUUUAAAAGGGUUAGUUUUGGUUUUGUGAUAUGUUUUCUUUUUUGUCGCUGGAAUUCGCAAAUGUGUGCUCUAGAUGAUAUUCUCAAGUGAAUCAUUUGCUGGAUAUAUUUUCUUCGAUACUGAAAAUUUAAAGAUUGAUUCCUUCAUCCAUACCGAUGGCAAGAGGCACAAAACCUGCAACUCAACUCAACCCACUCGUAAAUGAUGGUUAUUGGCCGCCUACGGCAAGACACUGAAAACCAGGAAUACUUAGUGCACUGUGUUCCGAAUAGAGUGGAUGCUAUUUUCUUCAACAGCUGAUAGCUUAACAAGUCCUUUUUCCGCAACUAGAAAAUCGGGACUCAUUUUAAAGAGUUUGCGGACGACCCCGUGAUUAACCAAGAAUCGCACCUUUCGAUUGAGUAUCUUCUUUCAUGUUCCUUUUUCGUCUUCUUCUUGGCGUCGUCAUCAAUAAUUCCAUCAUCCGUGAUUCUGAACCUGAUUAACCUUAAAAAAUAUCCAGGACGAUGGAGUUAAUGGAUUUUGGUGUUCUCUGAUGUUUUAAUGUCACAAUUUUGUUUUCUAGUUACUGACAUCACUGCCAUAUUUAUAUUUUUUAAGUGUCAUUACUCUCAUCAGCAGUGAUUAAUCCUUUUUUGUGUUUUUUGUUUGUGCUUUAAAUGGAUGAAGUUUUGUAUUUUUUAAAUGUGGAAACCAUUUCGCCACUGCUUUAAGAACACACGCCAAAAGAGAAGCAAAAAUUAAUCGAGCUUAUGACACAACCAGUUUAGCAUUUAACUUUUACAAUAUUUCAUCAAGCUUUUAAAUGGGAAUAAAACGCUUCUUUAUGUUAUGUGUAUUUGGAAAGGAAUAUUUACAACUUACGACUCUAAGUAGUUUUUUAUAAGUGGUGAUGAUACACUGGAUACAUGUUCUCCAAUGUUCUUUUUCUUCGACAUUUAACUGUAACCCUAAUGCUACAAAUUUAAACGUCUUACUAACUGGUGCUUGAAAAAUAAUAUUAUUUUAAGUGCUGUCCUACGUUUUUAAAUGUGUUACGUAGUGAGCCGUUGUAAAUGUGUGGAUAUUUCGUUGAGCUACAAGUUCACUGUUCUAUUUAGUGUUUUUCCGUGAUUGUCCAAGGUAUAUUUAAGUUUUCCAUAAUGGCUUUUCGCGGAGGCAAGAGGAAAGAUGUCAAAAAGCAAUCCUAUUAUGUUUGGUUUCUUGGUGCUAAAGAAAGCAAAGGUCUGCGCGGAGAGGAGUAUAUCAGGCCAGUUCUUAGACAUUUAGUCGACAAAGAGCGUGAGCUUGAGCCUAUGAAGGUGACCUUGCAAAUCAGUAAUAAAGGUAUAAAAAUAAUACAGAAUGUUCCCCGAAAGAACAAUAAAGGUAAAACAGAAAUGAUAAAACAUUUUAUACCACACCACGCUAUCACAUGCGUGAUGCAGGAGUCAAAGCCUAAUGACGACGUUGUGUGCUGUAUAUUGCUCAUCUACAAUCCCCUUACUAAAUGCCCUGUACAUGUACACGCGUACAGGUGCUGUUCUGUGGAAACUGCUAGUACUCUACGUUCUCAGUUACAAAUUUUAAUUGAUAGGCCUGAAAAUCAGAAAAAGUUUCGAGAAAUUGAAAAUAGGUUAGCCGCCAAAGGGCUGUUGCCAACUAGAGGACAUAAUUCGGAUGGUAGAUCUACAAGAACUGAUGGAUCUGAUCGAACAGAAGAUUCUUCUGGAGGAUCUUCCGAAAGGGAGGUAGGUGUGCGAAAGGAACAUAUUGCAAGCUUAUACGAUUCACUUGCUGCAGAACUCCGGGAACGCCUGAACAAUCCCAAUAGUUGUCCUAUUCUAUUGCCUCCAAAAGACUACGACACAGUGAGCAGGCGACAAGGCAAGCUAGACGGCAUAGAUUGCCGACGAAGCACUAACUACAAUUUGGUAGGACUAACAAAAACAGUAUCGCCUGUGCCUCUUGUUCAUCAGUCUAGCAAUGGGAAAUCUUCGCCCAAAACUCAAGACUCAACUAGUGCAAAGUCGUCUGGGGGCAAGUCUAGCAACAAGUCCAGCAGCGGUAUCGGAUCGGAUGAGGCCCUUAGUUCAGCCAUUCAGGAAGUGUCCUCUCAUCCGGAUUUCGAGAGCAAAGAAAUCGAUCCUGACACGAGCUCGGAUGACGAGGAGGAUUGGCCUGAUACUAGCGGGCUCCCGGAUGAUGAUGAGGAAGACGAUGAGGAGGAGGUCAUCCCAUCCUACGAGUGGCGUCGACCUCCUCGAUACGCACCGGCUCCGGCAGCUCUCAAUAUGCCACGAGAUCGCAGGAGUCGGUCUUCUCCAGAUGAAGAAGACGAUCCACGAUUUGGCCGAGUCCACCGUGGUGUCCGGGGAAUAGUUGAUAAAUUCGAGCGAAGAGCUGUUUCACCUCCUCCUCCCACUCAACCAGAACCCCUUCCCUCCUCUCACCACAAUAGAACCCCUAUCAAAAUAGCAGCUAAUGCUCGAAGAUCAGACCCAUACGCUGAUCACGGUUACAGAGAAGUCAUAGAAAGGGAUAUACCUGAACCAGAACACUUGAAGCACUUUGAAGUUGUCUACAGGAGACAUAGCAACCCUAUAGAAAAGAAAAUUCCAAGAGAUCCCCGUCCUGUAUCCUAUCCUGCUGCUGUUAUUGACCCAGUGUCUCCAAGACCCAGCAAGGGUAGGCCUGUCUUAGAAUCUGCAGUUGAGCACCGUCCCAAAUAUAAAGAGCUGCCUCGGCAAGGGUAUCCAGAUCGUCAGCAAGAUGUUUUAAUUGACCACCAUAGUCCUGUUCAAAGGUAUCCAGUCAGCUAUAAUGAUAGGUAUGUUGACAGGCAUUCUCCGUCACACCUGCCUGCUCGUGAAAUCGAUUAUUACAGGGACUCCCGUCCACUAUCCUCAUCUCCUGUUGGCGUCAGGCAAUAUCGUUCGCCAGAGAGACAGCCAUCACCAUUUAACAUGUGCCCUCGACAAAGACAAUAUAGUGCUACAGACGUUCGACAGGAGAGAGCUUUUCCAUCAAAAUAUGUUGAGCCUUAUCCAGAACCUAGACCUUCUUACCACCCUCCACCCAAUGAAGAAAGGAGAAGAUCUGGUUAUUUUGAUCUACCAGUCGACCCCAGAGACUACAGACAUAGUUUUGUGGAAUCACCAUUUCGUAGACUACCUCUUAAUACCCAGUAUUAGUUGUGGUAAAGCCUGAAUUGCUUUAUUUUUUUUCUUCCUCGAUCUGCAUUAAUGAUGUGCCACAUAAAACUUUAAUAAAAACUUACUACUUAGUUUUAAAAAUUGUAAGAAAAUGUACUCGUGAUUUUCUGCUGCGUUCGAAAAGUUGAGAUAUUUCCUUCGCAUUUUUAAUUAACGAAAACUAAGGAUGUCAACUGCUACGCAUUUUCCGUAGUUACUGCAGAUUUUAAUAUUCCAUCAAUAAAUACUUUUCCCUUCAGGGAAAUUUACAGGAAUGAUUUUAUGAUAAUUUUGAUUGUUUUAAAUUGAUUUUAUUUUAUUUCAUGAUCUUAAUUAUGAUUUAUUAAUAGGUUUUGUAACUUUGUCGGCGUCUAGGAAGUUUACCGAUCAAAUUCAUUAUAAACUUUCAUUGACAUUGAUUUAAGUAUUAACUGACUAUGACCACAAGUGCAUAAAUUUUAAUAUUUUCUUGAUAUGGUUAUAAAUUAGAAGUAAAAUCUUCGCCAUGAAUAUCAGCACAUUAAUUAGUAAACAAUAUAUAAUUUUAUUUAAACAUGUAUAAAGAUUUUUAUGUUAUCAUUUCACUAUUUUAUUACACAAGAUAUUGCAAAAGCAUUACACUUUUCACAAUUUUUUUUAUCUACACUGUCUUGUAUAGAACGAUGAAUUUAACACAAGAUAUUUUAUUUUUUAACAACUGUUAUUUAACCACUUUGAAGUCUUAUUUUAAUAUUGAAUCACUUAAAAAAGAAGCUGUAUAUCUGUCACUGGUUUUGAAAAUUAUUUAGAGAGCUUUUAAAGAAAUAAAAUCUCUGAUAGAAAUGAGAUUUCUUCUCUAAUUUAAAAAAAAAUGGAAAAUUUCCUCUGCUGGUUACAGAAAAGCAAGGUUGACAUCCUCGGAAAUUUAUCCUUACUAUAUUGUUCACUAUAAAGUUUCGAAGAGCGUUCCUUAAUAAAUUUUCAGGGGAAUGUAAUGUGCUAGCCUGUCUUAGGGAAUAAUAACAUUGUGCUAUAUUGUAUUUAAGAUAUUUUACCAACUAAAAUGAACUCUUGUUAUUUUAAAUUACAAUACAUAUUAUGAUUUAUGGUUGCAGUUAAGAUAGCUGCAAAGCUCCAAAAGGAAAAUUUUUUUGUCUUUUUAUUCAAUGUUUUUCCUUUUGAUAUUUUUAUAUCAUAUCAUCAAUUGAUGAUUUUCUAAGAAGCUUUUGAUACAGAAAAAUUAAGUCAUUUCGACAAGUUCUUUAAACAAAUUUUUUAUGAUUUAUUUUAGAGUAUUUUAAAAUUUAUUGCAUUUAUAAAAAAAAAUAUACAUACCAUCUUAAUAUUUUACGUACAAUGGAAAGAUAACUUACAAUAUUACUUAAACUAUUUAUUACUGUUAGGGAUUUUUGUCGAAUAAAUCAAAAUUUUUGCUAUUAAGACUCAUAUUUUUAGUUUAGUAUUUUUAAUAAAUUGUUAACUAAUCUCAAGGUCCAAAAUUUAGAAUUUAUUUUGUUUCAACGUUGUUCGAAAUAAAUAUGUAUGUUGAGAAAGAGUGUCUUGUUUGAAAAUUCUAUUUAAUGUUCUUUUAAUAGAAAUCCUAUGAUAUUGUACUGGUAUAAAUUAUCUACUAAUUUCAAGAAUUUGUACAGUUGUUGAGAGAACUAAUUUAUUUGUUACAAAGAAUAAAUAUGUGAAUAUUUAGAAGGCCUGUUUGUUUCUGUUGUACAAAAUUAGCGAUGUUCUUUUUUUUCUUUAUGGGAAAAAUAAAAAUUCAUAUUUUGUA